ACUCGCCUUCCCUGAGACCCCUAAACCCCACAACACUAUCAAAAGAUUCAACAGAUCAAUCAAAAUGGCACCCAAACCCGAUUCCCACACCCUAGCCGCCGCCGCCGCCUCCGACCCAUCAUCCACCUCCUCCAUGGAUCCACUCUUCCUCCUCCUCAAUUUUCUUCCUUACUCCUUCCUCCGCCCACCACGCCUCCGUCUCAAACUCCCCACCUUCACUCUCCCUUCCCCCAUGACAGUUUUCUCUUUAGUCCUCCUCACCUACUUCAUGGUCGUCUCUGGCAUCGUCUAUGACGUCAUCGUUGAACCACCUGGUAUUGGGUCAACCCAAGACCCAUAUACCGGAUCUGUCAAGCCUUUGGUUUUCAUGCCAGGAAGAGUUAAUGGGCAGUAUAUAAUUGAAGGGCUCUCUUCUGGGUUCAUGUUUGUUGUUGGUGGUGUUGGCAUUAUUUUGAUGGAUCUGGCACUUGAUAAAAAUCGGGCCAAAAGUGUUAAGGUUUCUUAUGCUACUGCAGGGAUUUCCUCUGUUGUUAUUGCUUAUGUUAUGAGUAUGCUUUUUAUUCGGAUUAAGAUUCCUGCUUAUCUUCAUUGAGUUUUCAGGGUUUUUUUAAAAGUAUUUUAGAUACUUUGUUACGGUAGAGUCUGAAAUUACAAUGCGGAUUGUCAAAUGAGGUUAUUGUGGAUUUUUAUGAUCUGGGUUAUUCUCAUUUGAUCUUGUGGUGCUAAUAGAUCAUGAAACUUUUAAUAGUUUUGUUAAUAAAAGUUGCGAAUUUUGCAGAA